AUGGUCCAGAAGAUUAAGAAGAAUAAGAGACAACUUGAAGAUCCACUUGACAAAUUCAAUGUAGAAACAGAUAAUGGAAGUGACAGCAAAAGAUCUGAUAUUCGGAUUGAUGACUCUAGGCUUGGGUCACCUCGAAGAGAUUCUCCUAUCAAGUCGAUUUUCGAGGAGACUGGAAAUCCUGGGGCCAAUACUCAGGAGAAUCAUCUUCGAAGUCUGGUGGAAAGUAUUGAGAAGCAACAAGUUGAAAGGCCGGAGGUUCAUGCCAAAUGUUUUGAGUACGAUAUUCAAAAGCCACGUGAUGUUGCUAAGGAGCAUCAUGAUCUUUUCGUUGAGAAAUUGAAGACUAUGAAAGAGUCUGUGGAUCUCAAGAUGGCUGAACUUAAAUCGGAGAUGGCCAAAGAGGUUGACAAGAUAGAGAAAAUUUAUUUUGUCCUACAUGGAAAAGUUGAUGUUGCUACUGAUCCCAUUGUGAAGUUGCUUGAUUAUAAUACAACUUAUUCGACCAAUCUUGAUGUGAAAUCAGAUCAAGAUUCUAAGGUGUUUGCAAAAUUGGAGGAAUUCUUUUCAAGUAUUAAGGAGUCAGUUUCAAAGAUUGAUAUCUCGACUCAGUCAACCGUGUCUUAG